AUGUGUGUGUGUGUGUGUGAACAUGUUUUCAGUGUUGCGCAGGGAGGUGGCACGCCAGGCUCAAGCCAGCAGCGAGGAGCUGAAGUCCAGGAUGAGGGGAUUGGAGCAGGAGCUCAGUGAGGAGAGAGAAGAAAAGAAGGACAUCAAUGCAGAUCUCACUCGCCAGUACAAGUCGAUGAAGACUGAGCUGGGGGUCAAAAUUCAGAAGCUGGAGACAGAGGUCACCACAUUCCGGGAGCGACUGGGUAAGUGCCAGGAGGAACUGAAGAUGGAGAAGGAGGCUCGUGCAAGGGUGGAGCAGGAAAAGGAGACCUCCAUCUCUGAGCUGAAGAGCCAGCUGAGUCACAUGGAGGCUGGAUACCAGAAGAUCCUGCAUGACAGUCUGGACAGCCUGCUGGCUCAUCUGGCUGACACGCGGCUGCACUGGGAGGACGAGAGCACUGCCAUCCACCUGGAACACAAGGAGCUCCUUUCCAGCUUCGGACUGAAACCCCUGCACCUCUGAGCUGGCCCGAAACCCAGAGUCACCACACACGUCAGGAGACAGAGGUCAGACUCUGGCACAGUGCUGCUGGGCUCUCCACUUUGUAGUAUUGCUCCUGCGAAAAACAUGUCCCCAGGGAAGCAUCGUGUCAUUCUGCACAUUUAAUUGCAGUCCUGUAUUAAAUUAAGGUAAAUCUGCAUACGGCAUGAGAAUAUAGCCAAAUGGAAUAUACCAUUAAUAUAAAUAUUUUAUUAAAGGUACACUGCAGGAUUUUUACCCUGAAAGUAUAAUAAAAUAAGCAUACUCAGUCAUAUCUAUGGUGCACUAGCAAUCUCUGUCUUUGUUCACAUUUGCUGAAUCUGUGCUCCUCUGCCUGUAUUUCUUCUUAUAAAAUGUGUUCGCGACA